GUUCAUGAGAUUUUUGUGAGAAAGAUAAAGCUCUUUUGUCGUUUUUCUUAUCUUUUGCUCUUUUUUGGCUGUCAAAAACUCAGAAUUUUUUUGUCAGUGUAAUAAGUUCUUGAGAUUCUGAAGAAGAAAUUGAAAAUGGGUCAUUACGCAACAGUGUGGGAUCAAAAAGAAGCAAGUGAGAUAAUCAAAGAUUGGAAUGGCGUUGACCAAGUCCUUCUCAGAAACCCACAUGGUGCUUCUGCCAAGAUUAGUUUACAUGGAGGACAAGUGGUUUCAUGGAGGAAUGAACAAGGAGAAGAGCUUCUUUUCACUAGCAACAAGGCUAUAUUCAAACCUCCAAAAUCAAUGCGUGGAGGGAUUCAGAUUUGUUAUCCUCAGUUUGGUGAUUGUGGAUUACUGGAUCAACAUGGGUUUGCAAGGAACAAAAUUUGGGUAAUCGAUGAGAAUCCACCUCCACUUUACUCAAAUGAAUCCACUGGAAAAUCCUUUGUUGAUCUUCUUUUGAAACCAUCAGAAGAUGACUUAAAGCUAUGGCCUCAUAGUUUCGAGUUCCGUCUUAGGGUUUCUCUUGCUGUAGAUGGCGACUUAACGUUAGUUUCUCGGAUCAGAAACAUCAAUGGCAAGCCCUUUAGCUUCUCAUUUGCAUAUCACACUUACCUCUCUGUCUCUGACAUAAGUGAAGUGAGAAUUGAAGGGUUGGAGACAUUGGACUACUUAGACAACCUCAGCAAAAGAGAGCUUUUGACUGAACAAGGCGAUGCAAUAACCUUUGAAUCCGAGAUGGACCGGACUUACCUUAGAUCACCAAAGGUGGUUGCAGUUCUUGAUCAUGAACGAAAAAGAACAUAUGUUAUCGGAAAGGAAGGUCUUCCAGACACUGUGGUGUGGAAUCCAUGGGAGAAGAAAUCGAAAACAAUGGCGGAUUUUGGGGAUGAUGAGUACAAAACCAUGCUUUGUGUGGAUGGUGCAGCAGUUGAGAGACCGAUCACUUUGAAGCCAGGAGAAGAAUGGACCGGCCGGUUAAUGUUGACCGCGGUUAAAUCCAGUUUCUGCUUCGAUCAACUCGAACUACAGAGCAAAGGAUUCUGACUCUAUUAGUUUCUGCAGCUGUUUUUGUAAUGCAACAUUGGAAGAGCAGAGGCACCGUUCUUUUUUUUAUCUCUUUUUGUUGAUUCUCGUUUUCUCACAGUAGAGCUUAUGAGCUGGUGAUUUCUCAGACCAGUCUCGUGAUGUAGUGACAGUAAAAGCCUCUGGUCUUU